AUGUUCACUUCAAAAUCCAACUCUGUGUCCCCUUCUCCGUCCAUGGAACAGGCAGACUCGGAUGCCCUGGAUAUCAGCACCAAAGUGCAGCUGUAUGGAGUGCUCUGGAAGAGACCCUUUGGAAGGCAGUCUGCCAAGUGGUCCAGGAGGUUCUUCAUCAUCAAGGAGAGCUUUCUGCUUUACUAUGCUGAGAGUGAAAAGAAGAAUUUUGAAAGCAAUAAAUACUUCAAUAUUCACCCGAAGGGUGUCAUUCCUCUGGGGGGCUGCAUCGUGGAGGCCAAAGAAGAGCCCAACAUGCCUUAUGCCAUAAAGAUCUCCCAUGAGGACUUCCAUGGUAACAUUGUCCUUGCAGCUGAGUCAGAGUUUGAACAGGCCCAGUGGCUGGAACUGCUGCAGGAGUCUGGGAAAGUGACCUGGAAGAAUGCCCAGCUGGGAGAAGCCAUGAUUGAGAGCCUGGAAGCUCAGGGGCUGCAGCUGGCCAAGGAGAAGCAGGAAUAUUUAGAUAAGUUGAUGGAAGAGACAGAGGAGCUGUGUCUGCAAAGGGAGCAGAAAGAGGAGUUGGAGCGUCUUAACCAGGUGCUGGAGGCAGAAAAGCAGCAGUUUGAAGAAGUGGUACAGGAGCUACGGCUGGAGCAAGACCAGAUUAAACGGGAGCUAGAGCUGACAGCCCGGUCUCUCAAGGGAGUGGAGGAAGAGAAGAAGGAUCUGCGAAGCCUGACAGAGUCCUUACAGAAAACACUGGAGGAGCUUUCUGUGGAAAAGCAAAGAACCCUGGAGUUGUUGCAAGAGAAUGAAAACAAGCUUCAGCCUCUCCCCAACUUUAGCAAGCAGCAAAACCCCAGCCGGGGUCUGCACAGCAACCUCCGCCAGAUUGAGGAGAAGAUGCAUCAGCUUCUGGAGGAGAAACUCCUAGCAGAGAGGAGGAUGAAGGAGAAUGAGGAGCGGUCCCAGGCCCUGGAGCAGGAGCGGGAGUUUUACUCUUCUCAGUCGCAGGCACUGCAGAACUCGCUCUCAGAGCUGACUGCAGAGAAGCUGCAAACAGAAAGAGACCUCAAGGCUGAAGUAAAAGUACGUAUGGAUCUAGAGAGAAGACUAGGGGAGGCUGAGGAAGCCCUCCAGAGCUUGGAGCAAGGCUUAAAUUCUGUUGAUCGCAACGAGGAGAAGGAAGAGAAAAUGAAAGCUGAUGUCAGCAACUUGAAAAAGUUCUUUGAGGAGUGCAUCCGGAGCGCCGAGCUGGAAGCCAAGAUGCCCAUGAUCAUGAAGAACUCCGUGUACAUUCACAGGGCUGCCACCCGCCGAAUAAAAAGCUGCCGCUUUCACUGCCGGAGGGCCAGUGCUUCAUGGAAUGACUUGAAGCAGUCACAGUCCUUCGUCUUCUCCCAGACAGAAGCAGAUAACAUCGUGGAGCUGAAGGAAGUAGCCAAGACGCUGAGCCAGGACCAGCACUUCCGGGAAACCCUUUAUCAGAUCAUGAUGUCACAGAAAGAUUCUGCCCGUGGGGACAAGAAGUGAAGCCUUGUCUCCUUCCAUUGCAAUACAUCCUGCAACUCAACAAACGCUAAACCACCGGGUACUGAUGUCAGGAGGGCAGCUUGCUCCUUUGUGAGGAAAAAGGCAAGGCAGGGUGCAUGCAACUCCCUGUGGUUGGUGGUUAGUUUUCCUUUGCAUUCCUGAGCACUGCUGAUCUCUUUCUCUCUCUCUGCCUUUAGACCAGCUGAUCUGCUCUGCCAUUCACUCCAAGUCCCAUCAGUUUACUUCAGCUGUUCUCAUUAGGACAUGGUCUACCCAACUACCACAGUCAGCAUUAAAGUGAACA